AUGGCGGACAGAGGGUUUGGGGGUUUCUUGACUCUUUUAUUGGCAGGAUGUUCAUCUUCAUCACCUAUGAUACCCGAUAUUUUCCUUAUUUCCCUCUACUAUCAAUCAUAUACUCCAGUACCAUCGACCGCUCAAACCGACUACAACGUACACACAGCGAUAUCUAAUAUUGUUGGGCAAGCGAAAUUGGCAGCAAGAGUUGGAUACUUUGGUAUCUGUAUCAGCCCAGAUGGAGGUGCAUGGUUAUGCAGUAACAAUGCAACCGCAUUAGCGAAUGAAGUGAGCGUAGAUCAGGAUCCUUUGAAUUUAAUUUGGCUUGCAAGUCAAUUCAAGGACAUGAUUGUUUUCCCAUACCUAAUUAUCAUUGCAAUCAUCUUCGCAUUCAUCUGUCUAUUACUUCUAGCGACAUUCCCCGGAUGGCACGAAGAGGAAGAUGCCCACGGAAGCGAACGAGAAGUCAAACCUUUUCCCUCUCGACCCGUCUCUCAAAUCGCCCUAGCUAUCAUCUUCAUCGCUUCAAUAUUCGUCCUCGUCUCAGUCCUCUGGCAACAUACAGCAUCGGUAGCCGCCUCUAUCAUAGCCCAAGAUCUGGGGAAUGGUAGCGUGCGAAGUGGUGUUGGUAGCACAGCCAUGGUACUAGGAUGGUUUUCCUUUGCUCUACUCAUUAUAGUAACGAUUGGUUUACUGGUCAUGAUAUUGAGUAUAAGAGUCUUAUCCGAGACAUUCGGUUGA